CCGUACGAUUCGAGUGUCCAAGUGCGCAUCGCGUAGAAGGAAACAAAGGGAGAAGAAAAAGCCACAAGACAAGACCAAACCAAAUUAAAAAGAAAAAAAAAAUUUCUGAAGUCCCUUUAUCCAUCGCCGGGUCUUUAAGUCUUCACUCAGUCGGACGCUGAGCGAACGACCGAAGUCAGUUUGCUGUCACUUUUGUAAGAAUUGUCGUAUUUGUUUUAACAUUUCAACUUCAUUUGAAAAUUUUGAUAAUCACUUUACCAUCUUGAACCCACGAUUCUCCCUUUUUCUGCCACAAUUAAUCAUUUUUGUUUUUGCACUAGUUGGAUUUAGGUGUUUGUUACUGGAAUUUAAUUUCUAAAGUUUCAAUUUUUAAGGGUUUUAAAUUUGUUUAGUGUUGUGGGUAUUAGGGUUUUGCUGAAAAUUCAACUUGGGUUUGUGUAUGUUUUCUGGGUUUUAGAUUUGGUAACUGAUUUCAGCUGCUAUGCUUAUAUAAAGUUUAGAUUUUGUUGGUGAUUAGAUUUUUUUUUUUCCUCUUCUGCUGGGUGUGAUAAUUUGUUAAAUAGUAAUGUCUGUGAACAAUAAUAAUAACCUACAAAAGAGCCAUGGGGCAUCUUCUUCGCCAUUUGGUAAUUCUGGAAUGGGUAGUCUAUCCAUGCCAACAAACCCUAGUUUUGCACAGUCGCAAGCUCAGGCACAAAUGGUUGCUGGUUUCCAAAACCAGUUUCAGUUGCAAGCCCAGGCUUUAGCUGCCUCAAAAAUUCACGCUCAAGCAGCUCAGGCCCAGUUCCAUGCUCAGUUACAAGCUCAAGGAAUUUCCAUUAACCAACUCCAGAAUUCUGGUAUUGGAAAUUUAGGUUCAUCUUCGCCAUCCAAUCUAACUCCUGGCAGUGCAAAUCUGAAAAGGAUGCCUCAAAAGCCACCGGUGCGGCCACCUGGGGUUCCUAUGGCAAACAUGAGUUUCCCUUUGAAAACUAUGGAUCUUACAGCUGCUGCAAGAAGGAAGAGGCAGAAGCUUCCAGAGAAACAGUUACAAGAUAGAGUGGCAGCUAUUCUGCCUGAAUCUGCCUUGUAUACUCAGCUCCUUGAGUUUGAGGCUCGUGUUGAUUCUGCUUUGGCUAGAAAGAAGGUUGACAUUCAGGAGGCACUUAAGAACCCUCCUUGUGUACAGAAAACUCUGAGGAUAUAUAUCUACAAUACUUUUGCCAAUCAGAUUAAAACAAUUCCAAAGAAGCCAAAUGCUGAGCCCCCUACCUGGACGCUUAAAAUAAUUGGGAGGAUCUUGGAAGAUGGGGCUGAACCAGACCAGCCUGGAAUUGUUCAGAAAUCUAAUCCCUUGUACCCGAAAUUCUCAUCCUUCUUCAAGAGAGUAACUAUCUCCUUGGACCAGAGACUAUAUCCCGACAACCAUAUCAUUAUUUGGGAGAAUGCUCGAUCACCUGCACCCCAAGAGGGUUUUGAGGUAAAGAGAAAAGGGGAUAAAGAGUUCACGGUAAACAUUCGACUGGAAAUGAAUUAUCUGCCUGAGAAAUUUAAGCUUUCUCCAGCAUUAACAGAAGUUCUUGGUAUUGAGGUUGAUACGCGCCCAAGAAUUAUAGCUGCAAUUUGGCAUUAUGUGAAGGCUAGAAAACUGCAGAACCCAAAUGAUCCAUCAUUCUUUAACUGUGAUGUGCCACUACAGAAAGUAUUUGGGGAAGAAAAGAUGAAAUUCACCAUGGUUUCACAGAGGAUAUCACAUCAUUUAUCUCCUCCACAACCUAUACAUUUAGAGCACAAGAUUAAGCUUUCUGGGAACAGUCCUGUGGGCAACGCAUGCUAUGAUGUACUGGUUGAUGUGCCUUUUCCAAUACAGAGGGAAUUGUCUGCUCUAUUGGCCAAUGCUGAGAAGAACAAAGAAAUUGAUCAGUGCGAUGAAGCAAUAUGUGGUGCUAUCAGGAAAAUCCAUGAGCACAGAAGGCGAAGGGCAUUCUUCCUUGGGUUCAGUCAGUCUCCUGUUGAAUUUAUCAAUGCAUUGAUUGAAUCUCAGAGCAAAGAUUUGAAGCUUUUGUCUGGAGAAGCUAGUCGAAGUGCUGAGAAAGAGCGCCGAGCAGAUUUCUUCAACCAACCAUGGGUUGAAGAUGCUGUUAUUCGUUACUUGAAUCGGAAACCAACUGCCGGAAGUGAUGCUCCUGGAAGCACUUAAGUCAAGGAUUCUGGAGCUGUUGAUUGGCUACUGUUUCAUUAAUUCUACUCACUUGUUGUCGUAGAACGUCUUACUUUCGGCAUAUGGAAAUAGCACACUUAUAUCUCAUUACUAUGGAAGAUGGCCACGUGGAGACUUGGUCUGUGUUUGUAGAACCAGAAAAAUAUGCUCUGUAGUUUGGUUAGGCGUAACUGUCAUUUUUUUACUCAUCAGGUUCAAUGAAAAAGUUUGUGACAGUGGAUAUCUUUACUUCAGUUCAUAAUUUACUAGAGGUGGUCGUUGUGUUAUUCAAAACUCUCAUGACAUUUUGAGCUUAUGAUCCACAACCGUGUGAUGCGAUGUAUACUGUGACGAAAAGUAUAAACCUCUAAGAGGGCGUUUGAUUUGGGUAA